AUGGAUCAACCUCAGACCGUCGCGUUGUCUACCUCUGAGCUCAUAGCGCGCAUCACCGACCCGUCACGAUGCACUGACAUAGCAAGACAAUUACAAGCACUUGACACACAUGACGACGCGUCCGAGUUCCAUGCAUCCAAGUGGCAAUUACUCACGAAUGUAUUACGCGUGUCUGAAGCGGAGUUCUUAGCUUCAGAGCUCGCUUUACAGUCGGUUUUAAGCUUAAUGCUGACGGAUCGAUUCGUGUCGACCGACGUGUUGACAGCCAUGGCUCAAUGGCUGGUGCAGUUCAACAGCGGCAAGAGCUCGGAAUCUUUGUCUGCUUGCAAUUUACUGGACUCAAAGCUGACGAGUACAGAGCAGGAAGGGACGUAUUUGGAGCUCAUCAAGCAGAUGUACGUCAUGUUAAGAAACGUAGGUCUGCGGCAAAGCCUUGCUGAGAUGUUGGAGAAGCUUGUGUUUACUAAGGAGCAGGCAAAGAAAGUUGUGAGGUCUGGGAUGCUUCGAGCUCUUUUACAGGUGGCAUUAGAGCAUCCUGAUGAAGUCGUCGAUGCUAUAUUGCUACAUAACUUUGAUUUGGUGGGGACACGUGUCGCGUCACUGGUUUGUUUCGAAGCGGCGACAUUGGAGCUGUCAAGGAAGAAAAACGCAGAGAAAGAGAAUGUGGUGUUGGCUGAUAGAAAGCGACAAGAUGUUUGCGAACUGGUUGUGACGUUGAUGCUGAGCGGUUCGUCACUUGUGUUUACCGAUGCUGUUCGUAUGCUGCAGUUGUUAAUCAAUAAUGAACCGUGUCGAGCGUUGCUACUGACGAUACCUAAUCUGCGUGGUGCUCUGGAGAAGGCGCACACGCUGGUAAGACUGAAAGGAAGCAAGCUCUUACACGAUGAGUACCUGAAAGAGCUAUGUGAAGCGCAGUAUGGACUUCUCGGUCCGGAGAUCGAUGCCUUCGAGCGCAAAAAUGGGAGUGUCAUUGGCUUGCUUUCAAACGAUGAAGUAGUUCUACGUGAUGAUGAUUUAGCAGGAGAACAUGGUCUGGAAUUGGCAUUGACUUGCAAAACGCGAGGCAAUGCAUUUUUUCGCCGAGGAAACUAUCCGGCAGCUUGCGCGUUUUAUCGACGUGCUAUCGCUGUGCUCAGAGCAGCGCAGCUUCAAGUAGAGACUUCGCAGCAAUCCCUUUCCAUCGAGAAACUAUUGGCUCGCUGCACCAUUGGAGCCAGCGUGCAGGUAUGUUCGCACCAAGGCGACAAGUGGCAGGAUGCGAUGGUUUCCGAUGUUAAAAACAACGGCGAUUCCAGCAAAAUUGAGGUGCUGUACGAUGCAAGCGGCAGAGAAGACGAGUGGGUUGCCAUUUCUCGCAUUCGAUUGCGCAUGAACACGGCGCUGUUGACUGCUUUCGAUGACCUAGCGGUAGAUUGCUCCAUGAAUAUGGGGAAGGCUUUUACUGCUUUAGGUGACCACGACCAAGCCGUUCAGUGCUUCUCCCAUGCGCUAGCUCUCCGUGGCGGCAAGCUAAUCUCUGCGCUGUACUCUCGUGGAGUAGCCAACAUGGCCCGUCGUGACCUCACAGCUGCGCAACAAGAUCUGUGGAAUGCUAACCAACAGUGCAGAAUACAACAGAACAAUAGCACCAGCGGCGGCACGAGUAAAACAAACGUCAGAGAUAUAGAGCAGAAUCGUGUCUUCCACAAACAAAUUGUGGCUGCUUACAAAAAGCUUCAGCAAAUGCACGCGAACAAAAAGCGCCUGGACAAGAAGGUGAUCAAGCAGAUGGUACAAUACUUGUCUACCAUCCCUGGCUUACAAGACGAGUAA